AUGGAGUUCAUAUGUUGUUGUUUACGUACUAAAAAUGCAAGUAAAGAAUUAGCAUGCUGCAAAUGUAACGAUAAUUACCACAUCAGAUGUAUCUUCCAUGAUAAGGAGGAAACAUGGACUCCGGAUAAGAAGUUCCUGUCCUCGUGGCUGUGUCCUAAAUGUACUCGAGGGGAUCAAAGGGAUAAUAGAGAUGAGACGCCAAUGCGCCAAUUCGCAAAUGUUGCGAAGGUACAAGCAGAGACCUCACCGUCACAUCUAAAUGUUACCUUGCGAAAAAAUUCAACGGCCAAAAGAGAGGACUUGGUCUCGAUAUCAAAGGAAACUUUGCGUAGCAUUAUCAGGGAGGAAAUUAAUGUGGCUUUCUCAAAUAUUAAUAGUACCCUAAUAGAACUAAAGACUGAAGUUACUGAUCUGCAAAAUAGUGUUAAGUUUAUGAGUGAGAAGUAUGAUUCCUUGAUAGAGAGGAUAUCUUGUGUGGAAGAAAAGACUAAAGCAGUAAGUAUGCUCGAAUUAGAAAUCAGGACUUAA